CACUCCAUUAUUGUAGCUUUAUACUUGAUGAAAGAGAAGAAGGUGCAAGCUAUCAUAGGGCCACAACAAUCAGAGCAAGCUAAAUUCGUGAUUAAUCUUGGAGAAAAAGCUCAAGUACCAAUUGUUUCCUUCUCUGCAACAAGCCCUUCUCUUUCUCCAACUAAGAAUUCUUAUUUUGUUCGAACAGCCCUAGAUGAUCGCUUUCAGGUGAAUGCAACUGCUUCCAUUUUUGAAGCCUAUGGAUGGAAGGAAGUGGCUUUGAUCUAUGAAGAUACCGAAUAUGGAAAUGGAUUGGUACAUUAUUUCAGUGAUGCCUUCCAACAAAUCAAUGUCCUUAUUCCAUAUAGGUGUGUCAUUCCUCUAACAGCCACAGAUGAUCAAAUAUUGGAAAAGCUUUACAAAUUGAUGACCAUGAAAACUAGGGUAUUCUUGGUCCACAUGACAACUUCCAUUGGGUCCCGGCUUUUUAACAAUGCAAGAAAUGCAAGAAUGAUGGAUCAUGGCUAUGCAUGGAUUACAACAAGCGGUUUAUCAAGUUUAUUAGAUCAUAUUGAUUCCCAAGCUAUUGAUUCAAUGCAAGGUGUAUUGGGAGUGCAGCCAUAUAUACAAAGCUCUAAACAACUUGAAGAUUUUAAGCUCAGAUGUGGUGAAAAUGCUUCCACUGAUCUUUCAACCCUUGGAUACUCUGAAAUGGGUCCAAAAUUUCGCAAAACCAUACGGAGUACUAGACUUAAGGGGGGCCUAAGUGGAGAUCUCAAUUUGAUAACAGGGCAACGUAAACCUUCAGCUUUCCAAAUACUCAAUGUGAUUGGGAAACAACGAGUGAUCGGAUUCUGGACUGCAGCGAAAGGCCUUUCACAGAAUUUAAAUGCUACAGAUAAGUCGAUGUAUUCAGCUUCCGCAGAUGAUCUUGAAACUCCCAUAUGGCCAGGAUAUUCAACUACCACGCCUAAGGGUUGGGUUAUACCCACAAAAGGUAAAAAAUUGAGGAUUGGGGUCCCAGUUAAAAAAGGAUUCAACCAAUUUGUGAAAAUUGAAGUGAACCCUAAAUCUAAUGAGACAACCUUCACAGGGUACUCUAUAGAUGUCUUCAAGGCUGUAAUAGACGAAUUAUCAUUUGCUCUUCCCUAUGAUUUUUUUCCUUAUCCUGAUCCCAUCAUAGAAGGUCCAGUUAACUAUGAUGAACUUAUCUACCAGGUUUAUCUUAAGAAAUUUGAUGCAGUGGUGGGUGAUACAACAAUCAUCGCGAAUCGCUCUUUAUACGUAGAUUUCACAUUGCCAUAUUUAGAGUCAGGGGUUUCAAUGAUGGUCCUCGUCAAAGAUGAUAAGAGGAAGAAUGCUUGGGUUUUCUUAAAGCCAUUGAGUUGGGAACUGUGGUUGACAACUGGGGUGGCAUUUCUCUUCACCGGAAUUGUUGUUUGGAUCCUUGAACACAGAAUAAAUACAGAUUUUAGGGGUCCUCCUACAAAACAACUUGGCGUGAUCUUCUCGUUUGCAUUCUCAACUCUAGUCUUCAGUCAAAGGGAGAGGGUAAUGAACAACUUGUCGAGGUUCGUGAUGAUCAUAUGGGUGUUUGUGGUGCUCAUCCUACAAACCACUUACACCGCAAGCUUAACAUCGAUGUUGACAGUAGAAAGGUUGCGGCCGAUGGUAACAGAUAUUGAAGAGAUAAGAAACAAUGGUUACCAUGUGGGUUAUCACAACGGUAGCUUCGUCAAAGAUCUACUGAUAAAUCGAUUGAAAUUGGAUCCUAACCAGUUAAGAGCUUAUGACACUGAAGAUGAGUAUCAUGAAGCCUUGUCUAAGGGAACAUCUAAAGGUGGAGUUGCAGCCAUUUUUGAUGGAAUCCCCCACCUCAAGGUUUUCCUCUCCAAUCAUUGUUCCAAGUAUAAAAUCGUUGGACCCAUCUACAGGACUGAUGGAUUAGGUUUUGUCUUCCCGUUAGGCUGCCCUCUGGUCUCUGACAUUUCAAGAGCAAUCUUGAACGUUACUCAAGGGGGUAGAAUCGAGGGGAUUGAGAAAUCAUGGUUUAAACAGAAAACAAAAUGUGGAGACCUAAAUGCAGAAGGGUCCUCAACUUCAAGCAGCAUCAGCCUCCAAAGCUUUAUGGGUCUCUUUCUUAUCACAGGACUUGCUUCAGGCUUUUCACUUCUGAUACACUUACUGCAAUUUUCUUACGAUUAUUGGAAUCAUCCAAUCACCACCACAACCACAGAAUCAGUUCGGCAUAAAUUUCUUAAUAUGAUGAAGCAUUUUGAUCAGAAAGAUCUCUCCUCACAUACUUUCAAGAGCACUUCAUCUAGGGUACACCCUGUUGGCGCCGAAUUCCGAGAAAUUGAAAUUACUCCUGAUGUUCAUUGUUCACAAAGCUCACCCAGUAUUUCUAGACAGACAGAUGGGGACAUUGUUCAAGAUGGUGAAGAAGAGGAUACCCAAUCUGAGCCUACUGAAUCUGUGGACAUGGAAACUUCAAUAUCUCUUGAUCUACUAAAGAACAUAGAAGUACAAGCAAUUAUUGGGCCAGAAACAUCAUCUCAGGCCAACUUUAUGAUUGAUCUUGGAGACGAAGCUCAGGUGCCCAUUAUAUCUUUCUCUGCAACUAGUCCUUCUCUUUCUUCAGCUCAAACUCCUUAUUUUGUCAGGGCUUCCCUUAGUGACUCCUCUCAGGUAAAAGCAAUUGCUUCCAUUUUCCAAUCCUUCGGAUGGAAGGAAGCUGUACUGAUAUAUGAGUCCACUGAUUAUGGUAAUGGAAGGAAGCUUGGUAUUGCUACUGCUUUUGAUGAGAUCCCUUACAUGAAACUCUUUCUUUCAAACUAUUGUGAUAAGUGCACCAUGGUAGGACCUACUUAUAAGGCUGAUGGAUUCAGCUUCGCUUUUCCAAGAGGAUCCCCUCUGGUACCUAAUGUUUCAAGGGCGGUCUUAAAUGUAACAGAAGGAGGAAAAAUGGCAAGGAUUGAGCAAGCAUGGUUUGGGCAAGACAAUUGUCCAGAUAGUGGUACAAAGGUUUCUUCAUAUAGUCUUACAUUAGAUAGUUUUGGGGGCGUGUUCAUUAUCACUGGAGCUGCUUCUCUACUAGCCCUCUUCAUACUCUUACUUCGAUUCUGUCACAGCAAUGAGGUUGUUAUCAAACAUGAUGAUGCUAAUGCUUCUACAUUGAAAAGAAUAGUUGAAAUGGCAAAAAAAUAUGAUGAGAUGGAUCCUUUCUCUCAUGAUUCUAGAUUUGCAGUGAACUUGAAGAUGGAGUUAGAUUCAAGGCUACUUCUGAUGGGGGAAAGGAUCCUCCCCUUGCAAGCGAAUAAAUCUUUUGCCUCCAUAGUUGGAUCUGAUACUGAAGCAUCUGAAAAAGGGGCUUCUCCUGAGAAUCCUAUUCCAAAAUCAUAUGCUAAUGUAGUGGGCAAUAGUCCGUCAGUGGUGGAUGAUCUAUCUGAUCCAGUUCAUGCAGAAGACUUCACCAAGGUUUUGGUGGAGAUGGAGGUGGCGGCCCCAAGGCCUGAAGAAAUUCAAGUGGAACGUAGGCAACCUGGGACUGCGAAUUUAUUUUUUUUCAAGCAACAAUUGAUCUAUAAGGACUCAUUAGGUAUAUGUGGUUUUUGCAAAAAAAGGGGGCACCAACUGAACGAUUGUCGAGAGAAGAAGGCCUAUGAUGAACGUCAGAACACUUUGGACAAGACUGGGAUCCUAGGACCAGUGUAUGGAGAAGAUAGAGUCAACUCGAUAAUGAGUAACUCACCUGGUCGAGCCAUGCCUUUUUUGGAAAGAGAUGAUCACAAUAUUUCAAAUUCUAAUUUGAAUUUGAAUAUUGCCUCUCAUAUCUCUCCUAGUGCUGAAAGAGGGGAGACAGGUGUAUCAACUCCUAUAAAUGACGUUUCUCGGUUACCUAAUGUGGAGGAAGGAGAGAUUUUAAUUGAAACAAAUCCUCAGUCCAUUUUGCACACUUCGGGUAACUUGGGAUUAGAUCAUGUGGGGGAGGAAUCAAUUAAGGAAGCUUCUCUUGGUGAGAAGGUGUAG